AUGAAGCGGUACCAAUGCGCCGUCCAGGGCUGCCGCCGAGCGUACCGUCGCAAUGAGCAUCUUCUGCGCCAUAUGCGAUCUCACGAUUCUCAGAAGCCCUACGAAUGUCCCAAAUGCCACAAACGCUACAGCCGACAAGACGUCCUGAAACGCCAUGUCGCCCAACAACAUAAGACCCUCCAGCGGCAAGCAGACUCUUCUAGACAAAAAGCCAGAUCGUCGGGGCCCGUCGAGCUGCAAGCCCCACAAACCAACAUCCUGAGAAACGGAAUCUUGGAGGAACUAGAUGCUUUGGAAGCACCCGACUUCAGUGUCCGCCAUCCUCUUGGUAAUUCGGGCUACCGCGGCAAGCAACCAUUUGAGGCCGAUCAACCACAACCAAUCCCUAUGCCCUUCGCAGAAGACUUCGCCGCUCGGCCGUGGCUGGACUAUUACUUUGAGAGAUUCCACCCGCGGUGGCCCAUUAUCCACCAGAGCACAUUUGACCCAGCUGCCGCAAUUCCCGAUCUAGUCUCCAUGAUGUCAAUGAUAGGGGCAUGGGAGUAUGGCGUUACUCCCUCACUGGAAGUCUCCGAGCGCUGGAGUGAAUCUCUUGUCCUUAGACUGAGCAACGUUCUGUCUCAAGUCUCGACAUGGCCUGCAACUGUGUCCGAGAGCGCGAUACAAGCAUACCAAGCGUUGCUCCUCAAUGUGAUCUUUACGCUUGAAUAUCUAGGACAGGAUGAUAUGAGAUUUAAGAAGGCAUACCCUCGUUACUGCAUGAUGAUUGCCAUCUUUCGUGGUGCAAACCUGUUCCAAGAGCAACAAAUCCUCGUCCAGGAUGAAACUCAAGACAUGAUUCCGACAAGUUGGUUAAUCAGAGAAAAGUUUAAGAGGUUGGCCUUUUACACCUUCCGACUGGAUAAUUACUUUUAUUUCCUACAAGGACAUUAUCCCGUCUUGAGGUAUGAAGAGUUGUGCCUGGCGACACCCUGUUCUGAGAGGCUCUGGGAAGCCACAGCGGUCGAAGAGUGGCACGAGAUCAAAGAGAUUGAGUCCAAAAAGCGAGCAGCCAUGCUCUUCAUGACGCUGAUGGAUACCGCCAUGGACUGUGAAGGGCGGGACACGCUGCCUCCUCUCCUCGAGGACGACUUUGUCUACGGUAUCUGCGCUAUGCAGACAUGGCUCUGGAGAGACAUCAAGAGGCACAGGCCUCGUCUGCAAGUAUUGCAAUCUUCUGAGGGGCCCGGUAUCAUUUCUGCCCCAGCAUCAUCACGGCCUAUAGAGUAUUGGUCGGCCAUGUUGACAACCUGGAGCGAAUGUCUGAGAGACCGUUCAAUUGGAUCACCCCUAUCAUCUCAGAAGCAUAGGGAGUUGUUGGAAAACUGUACCCCGGCACUAUAUCACUUUUCCCAGAUGUCUCUUCGAGCAAACCUUGAAGCUAUACAAGACCUCGCUAUGGAUCGAUACCACAAGCAGUACUCAGGUCCCUACAGGAGACAACUCGAAUCUCGCAUCUUGGAGUGGGUGAGAACUUCGGAUGGCCGGUUAGCCCUGUGGCAUGCAGCACAAGUCCUCAAGCUACUCCAAGAGACAUCGGACAGCAUGGAGACGAGAGGAAGUUCUCUGACCUCUUGGCGCAUCGACUUCAUCGCCCCUCUGGCGCUGUACAAAGCCGGGCUCAUAGUCUGGGCGUACGCGCGCUCCGUCCAGGUCUGCGACUCGUGUUCUAUGGGAUCAAUCAUGCAACCGGUGGUAUCGACACGUACCGAGCCGUUGGACCUAUUUAAACCUCAGCGAGGAGAGGAGUGUCGUGAGUGGUUGCAUUAUGGAGGAAGGGGAAUGAUACAGGGGACUAUGGUGUGUGCGUGUAGGUUGGAUGAGCUCCUCAGCGCCUAUGAAGCGUGGCUACUCAGGUAUUAUUACAAAAGUCGUAGUGUGUUGGAAAUGGCAGGAUUACUGUUACUCCUGAAGGACAAAGAUUGA